CAGCAGAGGCAGCAGAGGCAGCAGAGGCGCUGACUCUGCGGAAAUGGUUCGUCAGUGAAUCGCACGUUAGCUCAUUAGCAUCAGUCUCUCCUCUGUUAGUUCAGUAUGAAUCCGCUGACGAAGGUGAAGCUGAUCAACGAGCUGAACGAGCGGGAGGCGGACCUCGGUGUGAACGAGUCUGUUUCCUGGCACACGGAGUAUAAAGACAGCGCCUGGAUCUUUGUAGGAGGAUUUCCGUUCGAGCUGACAGAAGGUGACAUCAUCUGCGUCUUCUCUCAGUACGGCGAGGUCGUCAACAUCAACCUAGUUCGAGACAAGAAGACGGGGAAGUCCAAAGGUUUCUGCUUCAUCUGCUACGAGGACCAGCGCAGCACCAUCCUCGCUGUCGACAACUUCAACGGCAUCAAGAUUAAAGGUCGGACCAUUCGUGUGGAUCACGUGAAAGACUAUCGUCCUCCCAAAGACUCAGAGGACAUCGAUGAUGUCACCAAGCAUCUAAGGGAGGAGGGCUGUGCUCCCAAAUCCACAAAGUCCUCGUCCUCUUCCUCCGAGGAAGAUGAGCAGUACCUCAUCCCUGUGAAGAAGCCGAAGAAAGAUAAAAAAGAGAGAAAGAAGAAGAAGAAGAAGAAAAAGAAGGUCGAGCAGGAGAGAGGGAGCCGGGCGUCCUCCUCUGCCUCACCUCCUCGUCAUCGUCCUCCUCCAGCUGUCAGAGUCAAAGAGGAGAAGGAGGACGCUGCCUACGACAAGUACAACCAGAGGGGGGCGCCGCCAGGAGGACAACAGAAUGGACAGAGAGCUAGGGAGGAGGCAGAGAGAAGAAAAGAGGAAGAACGGAGGAGACAUCAUGAGAGGGAAGGAGAGAGAGAGGGCGACAGACAACGAGAGACAGACAGAGACGACAGAAGAGAGAGAGAGGGAGACAGACGAGAGACAGACAGAAGAGAGAGAGAGGAAGACAGACGAGAGACAGACGGAGAUGACAGAAGAGAGAGAGAGGGAGACAGACAAAGAGAGACAGACAGAAGAGAGAGAGAGGGAGACAGACAAAGAGAGACAGACAGAAGAGAGAGAGAGGGAGACAGACAAAGAGAGACAGACAGAAACGACAGAAGAGAGAGAGAGGGAGACAGACGAAGAGAGACAGACAGAGACGACAGAAGAGAGAGAAAGGGAAACAGACGACUAGAGACAGACAGAGAUGANACAGAGACGACAGAAGAGAGAGAAAGGGAAACAGACGACUAGAGACAGACAGAGAUGAAAGAAGAGAGAGAG